AUGGAUGACCAUAGGGCAUGGAUGAGGGAUCUCUUCCACACAGGAAAAUACUCCGACAUAGACCUCAUAUCCAACAAUCAAAUAUACGAAGCACAUCGGUCCGUCGUUUGCUUCAUGUCUCCUGUCAUAUACCGGUCCUGCGAGUUCAAUACUGCCAAGCUUGGUCGAGUUGAGUCAGAACCGAAUAAGUCCGAUCAUGGCACCGCCAAGGCUUCAUUCAGUUUUGGAGAUGACGAUCCCGAGGCAGUAGAUUGCUUAGUGCAAUUCUUAUAUCUGUGGGACUAUGAAGUUGCAUCUCCUCUCUCUGAUGAUGUCCUCGACCGCGACGAAUCUCGAGAAGAUACCGACUAUUCACCUCUACCAGACGAUAACGUAACUGCUCUCGAGGCUCGACAACUGCUUCUUCACUCUAAGGUCUUUACACUUGCUCAUAUGAAGCGGCUAGGCAGCAAUGGAGAUCUCGUUAUCUGUUAG